UCGUAAAAGAUUGCAUUAAAGAAAGAUACGAAAAAAUGUUUUAUUUAAUUUUAUGGAACGAUAAAAGUAUAAGUGUUGUGGAGGAUAAUAAAAUAAAAGAAUUUAAAUCGAAUAAUAUGGUGUCUGUAAAAUGGGGUAGACAAAUUUUCGAAGCAAAAAUAAUUGCCCAACAUGAUUCUGAAGAUUGGUUAAAUGGAUUAACAGUGAGUUCAGAAGGAAUCAUUUUAGGAGUAACUUCCGAAAGUAGUGGAAACGACAACUCUGAAAGCACAGAAUCUGCAGUGCAAGAAAUACCAAUCCCUGAUCGUGACACGGAAAAUGAUACUAUGGGAGAAGUGCAUGUUGGAAACAACUUUUAUAUUACAGAAUUGGAUGAAAAAAAUUUAAACAAGUAUAUUGACAAUCCGAAAAAAAUGGUAACCACGCUAUUAAUUUGUUUAGUAGGAAAAGAGAAAUUAAGAAAUAUGUCACGAUCAGGGAAAGGUACACAUGAAGCAAUACCGGAAGCACUUUUGGAGACUGUUGAAAGAUAUGUAUUUAAUAAAUGUUCUGAAAAACUUUCAACAUUUCAAUUUAAAAAGUGCGUCACAAAAUUUUGCAGUAACUUAAAAAGAAAAUAAAAGUUAUUACAUACUUCGUGGAGUUUAAUUUUAAGCACAGACAAAAUUUGCGAGUAAACUUGAAACUUAUAAAAAGUUAAAUCGGGCUUGUUUUUUUCCACAUUUAAAUAUUUCAAACAAGGUUAAGUUGAUUUUGUUGAAAAUAUUUGUC